AAACAAACAACAACAAACAGAAGCAGCAACGAAUAUGGGCGAAGGGGACAGGAAUCAGCACAACAGCAGUAGCAGAAGCAGCACGCCAAGCGGCGGCAGCAAGGGCGGCGGUGAUGGUGUAUCACCUGCGGAAGCAUCGGGAACGACGUCGCCAGCGUCUGCAUCUGCAUCUGUGCCCCGGGCAGCCUCCAGCGUCGCCAUGCGGCUGGACCAGGACCAGUCGCUUGCGUUCCUGCAGCAGCUGAGGCGAAAGCGGCUCACAUGCAUCGACGAGAUCAAGGCGCUCAAGGACCAGCUCAAGGCCCUGGACGACGAUAUCCGGGAGGAGCGUGAGCGGCUCGGCGUGGACGACCCAGAGACGCGCCGAAAGGCCAUCCUGGAUCAGGCCAUCGCCCUCUUCAAUGAGAAGCCAAAGCGCGGGAUUGCCUUCCUCAAACAGAGCGGGUACUUUCACGAUGACAACACAUGCACGACAGAUGACAUCGCACAACUGCUCCACUCCGGCUGCUUUGCCAAGACGGCCAUCGGCGAAUACAUUGGCGACAACAAGAAAGAGAAAUCUCGAGGCGGGUCGAAGAAGACGUGGCGCACGCGGUGGGUUGUGCUGAAAGACCAGUGUCUGUAUUACUUCAAACACAAGGACGACGCUGCCCCUUGCGGGAUUGUUCCACUCGAGAAGGCGUUUGCACAACCAACCGACACGUCCAAGAAGCGUGCACGCGACUCGCACGGCACCAGUGCAGCCACGUCCUACUUUGAGGUCGUCUCUGCCGAAUACGGAGAGGAUGGAAAGCGCAAACCGGUUCGCGGCUGCAAAACCAACGCAAAGGGCAUGGUGGUCGCAGGUAACCACCAACGAUACCUCUUCAGAGCGACGUCACCACAGGAGGCGGCGGACUGGGUGGCGAGAAUCAAUGGAAGCAACGACAUGUUCUCAAUGCUGCAGCACAAGAUUGGAGCCAAACGCGCAACGCACGACGACUCAUACGAGCUCUCGGAUUCAACCAUGUUCGACACCUCCCAAGAUGACAGCAUGUUUGUCAUCCCCAUUCCCGGGAAGUCGCAGUCUGCACCGCCCAGCGCCACACGCACGCGCUCCGUUGCCGCUGCCAUCGAACGCAGGCUGAGUGCAAGCACAUCAAUGGAGCAACGCAGCGAAAGCAGCAGCAGCAUCGGCACCAACAUCAGCAUCAGCAGUCGUGGCCCGGGCGACUUUGCAGGUACAAACGCACGCCCGGGGCGACCGUCAUUUGGCGGUCGGGCGGCCUCCAUAUUGGAGGAGAUGGAGGAAGUGGAUGAAGAAGCAAUGGACCGAAGUGGUGACGACAGCGAUCAUGGAGGCGAUGAAGAGACAACCGUGUAACACAUCGCAUACCUUGGCUAUUUGCCCACUGCCCUUCGUCCCGUCCACUUUGAACGACAGAAAAUGUCCCGCCCCUCCCCGCCAACGUGUUUGGUUAUUGUACAUACCCGCCUUCGUAAUGGAACCACUCUCUUUGUGCGUCUGUGCGUUUGCCUGCGCGUACGUGCUCGUUGCAUUUCUUGCCGUCCGCCUGUCUGUCUGUCUGUCCGCCCCCGUCUCUCUCUCUCUCUCGUGCCGCAUCGUACAAGGCCCACGUGAGUACAUGCCAACAUGCAUUACAAACUGUUCACUCAGG